AUGGUAUGCCUCGCUGCUGCACCACUCAUACGAGGAACCGCGUCUUCUUCCCCAAUCACACAACCUACUGCGCAGCCACGACGGGCAGGUACAUCCAAUGCUCAGCACGGGAAGCCUGACACUAGCAGCAUGGAGACUGACCAACUCCAGCAAACUCAAAGCCAACUUUCGGAGCAGGCUGCACACCUCAUUGAGGCAUCAUGGAGGCGGGGAACACAGCUCACCUACACCUCUUGCUGGCGCAGGUGGGAACGCUGGUGCCAUUCAAGGACUGUUGAUCCCUUUUCUCCCACUCUAACACAGGUGCUCAACUUCCUCGCUAGCCUCUUUAAGGAGGGCCUGGCGUAUCGCACUAUAGGGUGUUACCGUUCUGCCUUGUCUCAGAUCUUGCAUAACUUUGACGGUUGCCCUCUAGGGGAACACCCAUCAGUUGUGCGCCUUAUGAAGGGAGUGUUUAAUUCUAACCCCCCCAAACCCCGAUACCCCACAACUUGGAGGGUUGAAACGGUGACAACCCUCCUGCAGUCGUGGGGUCCUAACAAGGAUCUUAGCCUCAAGAUGCUCACUAGCAAGCUAGCUAUGCUAUUAGCCCUUGCCUCAGCAGGCAGGACGUCAGACUUGUGCCUGCUUUCAACAUGCCACAUCCGUAAACAAUCCGCGGGUUGGGAGCUUGGGCUCAGUGGCCUCAGAAAGACUUCUGGGGCAUCUAAACCCCUUCCCACCCUCUUCUUCCCAGCAUUCGAAGAGGUUCGGGAAUUGUGUCCAGUGGAAUGCUUGCAGGUGUACCUCGAACGAACUGCAGGACUCCGAGGCGCCCACACGCAGCUUCUGCUCACUACGCAGAAGCCUUUCCGCCCAGCAGCACGGGACACAGUAGCUCACUGGAUAAAACACACACUAACGCUUGCGGGCAUUGACACGUCGGUUUUCAAAGCGCACUCAACGCGAGGAGCGGCCACCUCCAAAGCUGUGGAGGUCGGAGUACCACUUGCCGACAUCUUAGCAGCAGCCGACUGGUCCUCCGAGGCGACAUUUAACCGCUUUUACCGACGGCAAUCAGAUACCCGGGCUCACUUUGGAACCCAGGUGCUGAGAACACAUGCGAAAGCUUUGAACAAGCAGUUGUGAACUUGAUAGUAAGUGCGACAGAGGCUGAAGUAUAAUUACCAGUUCUGACGAAUGGUACUUACCUGAAGUUAGAGCGGGAAUUAUACGAAGCCUAUGGAAGCACUUACUAUCAAGUUCACACUCCCACCACAUCCCUGCCCAUUUUCGGGGUAAAUUAUCACAUUCUCUUCCCUGUCGCAGGUCGAGGUGGUUCAACAUGGCACCAGAGGUAACGCAUAGCGUGAGAGCUCCAACCAGGUGCCAUCACCAGAACAGGAAAUAAAAGUGUUCUGAGUGCACAAGUGCCUAUACUCUAUCUUUCUUGUGGGGGCCCCACCAUCUCAAUGCAGCCGCAAGCUGUGCUGUAACCAUUA